UAUUUCAAGGAACUUCAGCACCGGAGCUCGUACAGUUCUGACGGAGGCGGGACUUGCCUGGCGUCAGUUUUCAAAAAGCCAAUCAGAGAACGGGAUUUUACGUAGCAACACCAAUGAGCACCAAGGGGCUGCCUGGUUGCGAAGGUAGAGGCAAAGUAGUGUUUCCACUGACUGACUGUCUAGCUGUGCUGGCUUCAUGUUGGCAACCCGAGUGGCAACAUUCUGGCCGCAUAUCCCUCAACAUACGGGCACGUAAAAAUGUCGGUGCCGUGUGUGAUAAAACCUUUAAGUUCGUACCAAGGAUUAUUUUUUUAAUUUAUUAUUUGUUUUCCUUUUCGGUCAAUCGAACCUCGGAGCCUCGCCGGGAAUCGCCGAUCUGAACUGGAGCCCAAAGAAAUCAUCACAAUGCCAUCGCCGAUGGAGGGACCGUCCAGGGAGUGUGACCUCUUUACGGUGAAACAUGAGCUGAGGAACGCCAACCUAACGGGUCACGUGGAACGGGUGGGAAUAGAAAACUUUGAGCUGCUAAAGGUGCUCGGCACUGGAGCAUACGGCAAGGUGUUCCUGGUGAGGAAGGUGAGCGGCCACGACGCGGGCAAGCUGUACGCCAUGAAAGUCCUGAAGAAGGCCACCAUCGUGCAGAAGGCCAAGACGGCGGAGCACACGCGCAGCGAGCGUCAGGUGCUGGAGCACAUCCGCCAGUCGCCCUACCUCGUCACGCUCCACUACGCCUUCCAGACCGACACCAAGCUGCACCUCAUUCUCGAUUACGUCAAUGGCGGCGAGCUCUUCACGCACCUGGUGCAGCGGGUGCGCUUCAAGGAGCAGGAAGUGGCGCUGUACAGCGGCGAGAUCGUGCUGGCGCUGGAGCAUCUCCACAAGCUCGGGAUCGUGUACCGCGACUUGAAGCUGGAAAACAUUUUGCUGGAUUCAAACGGUCACAUUGUCCUCACAGACUUCGGACUCAGUAAAGAAUUUGACCAGGUGGAUCGAGCCUUUUCUGUGUGCGGCACUAUCGAGUACAUGGCUCCCGAGAUUGUGGAAGGAGGCGAGUCCGGACAUGACAAGGCGGUGGACUGGUGGAGUCUGGGCGUUUUAAUGUACGAACUUCUGACCGGCGGCUCUCCCUUCACCGUCGACGGUGACGAGAACUCGCACACAGACAUCGCCAGGAGGAUUCUAAAAAAAGAUCCUCCUUUCCCCAAAGACAUGGCGCCACUGGCCAAAGACAUCAUCCAGCGGCUGCUCACCAAAGAUCCCGAGAAGAGGCUCGGCUCAGGUCCAAACGGGGUGGAGACUGUCAAGAAGCAUCCAUUUUACCAGAAGAUCAACUGGGAGGACCUGUCGGCCAAAAAGGUGCCCGCCCCAUUCAAACCGGUCAUCCGGGACGAGUUGGACGUCAGCAACUUUGCGGAGGAGUUCACGGAGAUGGACCCCACCUACUCGCCCGCCGCUCUGCCGCAGAACUGUGACCGCAUCUUCCAGGGCUACUCUUUCAUGUCCCCCUCCAUCCUGUUCAAGAGGAAUGUGGUGAUGGACGACCCCGUCCAGCUGUGCGGUGGCUCCGAGCGGCCCGGGUCGGUCGCAGUGGCCCGCAGCGCUAUGAUGAAGGACUCGCCUUUCUAUAUGAGCUACGAGAUGGACCUAAAGGACAGCGCUUUGGGCGAGGGGAGCUUCUCCAUCUGCAGGCGCUGCACGCACAAGAAAACUGGGCAGAAAUACGCCGUCAAGAUCGUCAGCAAGCGGAUGGAGGCACAGACUCAGCGGGAAAUCGCCGCUCUGAAGCUCUGUGACGGCCACCCAAACAUUGUCAAGAUGCACGAAAUAUACCACGACCAGAUCCACACCUAUCUGGUCCUGGAGCUGCUCGGCGGAGGGGAGCUGCUGGAGCGCAUCCGCCGCAAGCGGCACUUCAGCGAGACGGAGGCCAGUGGCAUCAUGCGAAAGCUGGUGUCGGCGGUCAGCCACAUGCACGACGUCGGCGUGGUGCACCGGGAUCUGAAACCAGAGAACCUGCUCUUCACUGACGAGAGCGAGAGCUCCGAGAUCAAAAUCAUCGACUUUGGCUUCGCUCGCCUCAAGCCGCCGGACAAUCAGCUCCUGAAGACGCCCUGCUUCACCUUGCAGUACGCCGCGCCCGAGAUCCUCAAGUAUGACGGCUACGACGAGUCGUGCGAUCUGUGGAGCCUGGGCGUCAUUCUGUACACCAUGCUGUCCGGCCAGGUGCCUUUCCAAUGUCAGGAGCAGAGCCUGACCCACACCAGCGCCGAGGAGAUCAUGAAGAAAAUCAAACAGGGGGACUUCUCCUUUGAAGGCGAAGCCUGGAGGAAUGUGUCGCAGCAGGCCAAAGAUCUCAUCCAAGAGCUGCUGACCGUGGACCCGAGCAAGCGGAUCAAGAUGUGCGGCCUGCGCUACAACGCUUGGCUCCAGGACGGCAGCCAGCUGUCUUCCAACCCGCUCAUGACGCCGGACAUCCUGGGCUCAUCCACCGCGUCGGUCCACACUUACGUCAAAGCUACCUUUAACGCUUUCAACAAAUGCAAGCGGGAAGGCUUCCGCCUGCAAACGGUGGACAAGGCGCCGCUGGCUAAGCGGCGGAAGAUGAAGAAAACCAGCACCAGCACCGAGACGCGCAGCAGCUCCGGCGAGAGCACCCACUCCUCGUCGUCCUCGUCGCAGUCCCAGGAGAAGAACUUUGCCGAGGGCAGCCACCGGCCCGCCGAGGGCACGCCGGGCACCACGCCCGUCAGCACGCCCACCGCAACGGACUCGGGGCAGCAGCAGCAGCAGCAGCCGGCGCCUCCCGCCUUUAACUUUUCCGAUGGGAAGUGACCACUCUCUUUUCUCCUUUUUUUAUUUUUUAUUUUUAUUGCAUGACAAGCAUGCAACAAGGAGCGGCAACCUCAAUAUCAAGCAAACCUCCUCUAGCAAUAGCUCGUCCCGCUCUCGAUCCCGGGCCUACACACAUACCCACGUAGACACGAAACACACACACAUAAACAUAAAUUCAAAGACACACACACACACACACACGUACACAAACACUGCAACGCAUUCAAACACUCACACUGUGUCAAUCAAGGACAGGACCAGGAAGGAGUUGUCACAGGGCAAAAGAAAAACAAUGCAAGGGCUGCCCUCCUGUCCCGACAUUUCCAGCUUGUAAGUCCCUCCAUCCCCCAUCUUGCGUGAUGGUCCCCGAAAGGUCCAAAGGGGGAAAAAAAAAAAAAAAGCCUGAGCCACAAGGGAGGAAAUACGAAUGCUCGGUUGCAUCGUGGGUCCACUUCUGCCGUCUUCGGCGAGCCAUGUGGAGCCACGGGUAUUUAUACGCCAUUUGUACGACAGAUUAUUAUUUAUGAUGAGAUGUAUUGUUAACUUAUUUACGACCCGGAGGCGAGAACGUGUGAAGAUGGUGAAUCUUUUAAACGAAAGCUAUUUUGUGCACCGUACGUGCAUCUAAGCUCGAAAUGACUGUUUUCCAAGAAGUAGUUUGUGGUUGAUGGUGGAUCCCUUUUUUUUUUGUGCAGAGAGAGAGCAUUAUUGCUAAGUGGCUAUUCAGAGUUAGGUUAGCGUCACUAACUUGAGUGUCUAAGGAGUGUAGCCCGAUUCCAAACGCUGCACUUAAAAUCAACCAAAUGCAACACUAUUUGUCCAUUCACUCCAAAAAUACGAAGCCCCAGACAAGACAUGACGACGUGCUAUUUGUGGCCUGGAAGUUGGUAUUUUAUUGCACAGCGAAUACAAAUUUGUGACCAAAGUUGAAAACGAAAAUGAAAAAUAUUCUUCUUCUCUCGAGAAGGUGAGCAAGAGCUGUGCUGCCCAACCAUUUUUUUUUUUGUCUUGUGUACCCCUGAAGCUUUAAUCGGCCAAACAUAAAAAAAAAAAAAAAAAAAAAAAUCAAAUCAUGUCAAAAAGCUGAAGUGCUAGAUCUUAAGUAAAGAUAUUUAAAAAAAAAAAUCAAAAGUAUAUUUCGGGACGCAUCAAGCCAUCUCUGAUUCAAAUUUGCUGUGGACCAAUGUGACCAUUUCGUGACUACAAUUGGGGGGAAAAAAAAAAUCCCUGUCAUGUCUGGGGCUCCGUAGGAAGGCGUCGAUAUGCCACACGACUUCAAAGCAGCGGCCGUGCGCUAAAGUCCCAAAGCAGACGGCUCAAACGCUCCCUCAACUUCCAUUUAUGCUCAUUUAUAAAAUAAAUGGGGCUAAAAAUAGCAAACUGCUAUUGUGGCGGGGUUUUUUUUUGUUUGUUUUGUUUUUGUCAGAAAUUCAAAGCGUCUGCGCCGAUUCUACUCGAAAUGUAGCAUAUCAAGUGAGCAUGAGCGCGGUAUCUCCAGGAGGCAUCAACAGAAAAAUGCAAAUGUGAAUUUCAAUGCGUGACAUGCACGCUUAUCAGAACUAGUUUACGCCAGUUUGAUGUGAAAAUAGGUAGCACCCGGACGUUUUCUGCCAAAUGCCGCAACCUUUAGCUAGUUAGCUUAGCAUAACGACUGACUGUAGAGGGCACAUCCCCCUUCCUUCAGAGUUGUUUUUUUGUAUAUAUUUUUUUUUUGUGGUCCGAAAAUGUUUUGGGGUUUGUCCGUUUCUUACCUGUUUGGAUAUGGUGGUGAGAAUAUGCUACGCUAACCAUCGAAUACACGCUAAACCGAAGACAUGAAUGUUUGGGGGAUGUCACUCGACCCACAAAUGAGUAUCGUGUGCGUACAGCGCAGACGGAACUGCGACCAGAUUGUGACUCACCGAGCAGGUCCCAUUCUCGCUGAGGCAGUUUUCGCCGUUUCCACCAGGCACGUCAUCAUCUGAAUGCGUGAAGCCACAGCGGCUAUUCGGCGAGCUCCGUCCAAACGGCUCUUACCGUAACGUUGAUUUGUUUGCCACUGUCCCUCGGUUUGCGUCGAAGCCGACCAACUGCUGCUGUCGAUGAUCCGAAUGCGCAAAGCUGCAGCGGCCAGAAAGGCAGCAUGAAAGGGGCUGUUCGAACCGCGCCUGCUGCCACGACGACUCCUUCGUUUGCGCGUCAAGUCAAGAGUUGUAGAAUUUCGAAAGCUAUGCAUGCCAACCCCCGCCCCGCCCCGCCCCGGCCCUCGCGUCCGUCUUCUGUCCGCUUGCGUUCCGUGGAGUUUCGUUUGUUGGUGGGAGUCGCUUCUCCCAAGUCUUUCGUUCGGAUGCAUUCAGCCGGAAAACCAAAGCGCGAUACCACCGCUGAUAAUAACCUCGAGGUUCAGUAGCCGCUCCGUCCUCUCUCCUUUCUCUCUCUCUCUCAUGUGAUUUAUGCAAAACCGGUGUUUGUUUUGUCCCACUGCGCCCAUCAUUUCCCGUUUUGCUUUGAACUAUGCAGCCCCCAUUUUGUGACCAGUUUUAAAUAUUUUGGAGGGUCCUCGCCGUCUUUGCAGCGCGACAGAAGCCACUUACACCGCGUCCUUCGUCCACAAUGGGAAUGCAAAAAGUGCGAUCCGUGGAAUCCGCAGACCUACAAAGCUCUCCUUGAACUCACUGCCCCCCCCCACCCUCCACCGCACCCCCAGCCCCCUGGAGCCAGGCGCUAUUAGCUGAUGUGCACCACUUGUGUUGGUGCCAAAGAAAACACAAGCCUCCUUCCAUCUUCACGUCCAUCCAACGACGCGUCUCCGCAAAGAGGUGGUCCACAAACUCGUUGACCAUGAUCCAUCCAUUAUCCGUGCCGCUUGCCCUCACGAGGGUCGCGGGCGCUCCGAUUAAUCAUUACUGAUGUUCAUUGAUGUGGAAACACAGCUCACGUUCAUUAUUGCUCUAAAUCAUGAGGAAACAGAUCAUUAACAAUAUGCAACACUUUAUUUCUCUCAGUCUCUGCCGGUGUUCACGUUUUCAAAUAAUCACUUCUGCAACAUUCCGAGGAAAUCACAGUGUCCCAUUUCCUGGUGAGGUAUUCAUGAGGGGGGACCAUUUGUUGUGCUCGGUGGCUGAUCUCAAUAGUGAAGACCCCAAAUACACCCCAAACUAUGGUCCAUUUUACCAGUUACAGCUGUCGAAAUUAUUCCUUUUCUCUUGUUAUCAUCACAAUGACUUUAAGAGGUUCCACUGUACUUUAUUGCCCCUGGAAAUUGACGUAUUUCAAUAUCAAGACAAACAAAACUGAAAAAGUCAUUUUGCAAGAAUCUCCAAAUGGAAAAAAAAAGACACUACUUUUUGUACAAAAGCUGAACCAGUAAAUUCCUUCCGGAAGAGACUCGUGGUUGCUCCGUUUUCCUUUUUGGUUUUCCCCCUCCUCUGUGUAAAGAAAAUGUACUGUAGCAGUCAAUCCCUUUGAGAUGCGACACUUUGCACUCUGAUGAUUUUUUUUUUCUUUUUAAUCGACUAUCUGUCACGUUCGACUUCAUUUGCAUCAAAAAGAAUCUCCACUAAGGGUUUUUGCUUUUUUUCUUUGUCGAACUUGUGGUCCACUGUGAAUCUUUUGAGGCCUUUAGCCUAGUGGGAAGUAAAUCAUAUGUCCUUUUCUUCUCAAGAACGCAAUCGUACGUUUGUUUGCUCAUUUAGUCAAUUUGUUUUUUUGUUGUUGUGUUUGUUGUUGUUGUUGUACAGAACCUGCUUUUAAAAAAACAAAACAAAAAAAAACAGGUAUCGCGGCAUGUUGUUCUAGCAAACAGCCGCCAGAUGGCAGCAAAGCACACGUGGAAAGAUCUCAAGAGUAUUUGUUUAAAAAAAAAAAAGAAAAGAAAGAAAGUGACUAAACUACUGUAAUAAUUGUUGACUGAUCAGUUCGUUGUCUGCGGUUGUUUUCUUCCAUUGUUUGAUGUGAAAAUAUAUUUAUAUUUAUUUUAGACCUUUAAGGUCUCGGGAACUAUUUGUCACGUCACAAUAAAAUGUUCCUUUGUGUUU